GAUGGGUUCUACAGAAGACCUUGACUAUCCUCAAGACAUCUUGCAAUACAGUAGUGGAUUUUUAGUCUCAAAGGUUAUGUUCACUGCUUGUGAGUUGGGGGUGUUUGAUCUUCUGCUCAAGUCAGGAGAGCCUCUGUCAACAAAUGCCAUUGCUGCAUGCUUGGGUACCAGUACCACAGGGAUGGAAAGAUUGCUGGAUGCCUGUGUGGGGUUGAAGCUCUUGACAGUAGAGCUGACACAAGGAGGAGCCCUCUACAGAAACACAGACAUUUCCAACAUCUACCUUACAAAAUCAAGUCCCAAGUCCCAGUAUCAUAUUAUGAUGUAUUACUCCAAUACAGUCUACUUGUGCUGGCACUACCUGGCUGAUGCUGUGAGAGAAGGAAGAAACCAGUAUGAAAGAGCUUUUCACAUUUCAUCUAAGGACCCUUUCGAAGCAAUGUACAGAUCAGAAGAAGAAAUGCUGAAAUUCAUGGCUGGCCAGAACUCAGUAUGGAGUAUAUGCGGCAAGGAUGUGCUUGUUGCAUUUGACCUUUCCCCUUUCAGGCAGAUCUAUGACCUAGGAGGAGGUGGAGGAGCUUUGGCCCGGGAGUGUGUUUCUUUGUACCCAAAUUCCACAGUCACAAUUUAUGACCUGCCUAAAGUCACGCAAGUGACCAAAGAGCAAUUUGUUUCCCCUGAGGAGCAUCGUAUUGCUUUCCAUGAAGGAGACUUCUUUAACGAUUCAAUUCCAGAAGCUGAACUGUAUAUUUUAUCUAAGAUACUGCACGAUUGGGAUGAUGUCAAGUGCAGGGAACUGCUGGCAAAGGUCUACAAAUCUUGCAAACCUGGUGGUGGAGUGCUGCUGGUUGAAUCACUACUGAAUGAAGAUAGAAGUGGGCCUUUAGAAACUCAACUAUAUUCAAUGAAUAUGUUGGUCCAGACAGAAGGAAAAGAGCGAACAGCAGCAGAGUACAGCAAGCUCCUCGAGGCAGCUGGCUUUGGAGAGAUUCAAGUCAAGAGGACUGGAAAACUCUAUGAUGCUGUUUUAGGAAGGAAAUAA